AUGAGUGCAUAUUUUGCACCUGCUUUUUUCAGCCAUCUGUUGGGAAAAUGUCUAAGGCGUAAAAAUCCUCUACUCGAGGUGUCCAAAUUAGGUUUGACUGUCCUGAUAACAUUUGCUAUUGUUUGGUGGCCGUAUAUCCAUUCAAUGGAUGAGUUUUUGGGGGUUCUUUCCCGUCUAGCUCCUUUUGAAAGGGGAAUAUAUGAGGAUUACGUGGCCAACUUUUGGUGCACCACAUCAGUAUUUAUAAAAUGGAAGAGAUUAUUUACAACACAAUCAUUGAAGUUUCUCAGCUUAGCUGCAACUCUUUUUACCUGCUUACCCUCAAUGGUUCAGCAAAUAUGGGCCCCCAGCAGUGAAGGUUUCCUCUAUGCAUUGCUAAAUAGCUCUUUUGCGUUCUACUUGUUUUCAUUCCAAGUUCAUGAGAAGUCAAUUCUACUGCCUCUUCUCCCUGCAAGCCUACUGGCCCUUAAAAUGCCUCAUCCUUUCAGUUGGUUAACACAUUAUGCUCUAUUCUCUAUGUUUCCUCUUCUUUGUCGCGACAAGCUGGUACUUCCAUAUUUUUCCAUAUGUGCGCAAUUUUUUCUUUUCCUUCAUGCAUCCUUUGGACUUCGUGGAAGAUGCAAUAAGAAAGAUACCCUUUUUCCUGGCAGCACUGUCCCUACUCCCUUUUCUAUUUUAUUUCGCAUUAUUUAUUUUUUCUCCCUCAUUCUUCAUGUUAUUUACUUAAAGGUGCAGCCUCCAAAGAAGUAUCCUUUCCUCUUUGAAGCAGUGAUCAUGCUUCUCUGCUUCUCUUACUUCGUGUUAUUUACUCUGUAUGCCAAUUUAAAGCAAUGGAUGUUGUCAAGACAGUCAACAUCAGGGGAUACAGAAAAGAAAACGCUUUGAUUCUUGUUUCUAAUGCUAGGCUUAUACCCAGGUUCUUCCUUUGAACUCUUUUUUUUUUUUCUUCUUGACACAAAAACCAGAAAUUAGAUAUGAUGACGGCUGCUAGAUAUGUAAGAACAUGUUAGUUUAUAGUGAAGAGAACCUCCCGGGUCUCAGAAGCAUUUUAAUUUGUUCAUUAGACUUCACCAAAUUAACAUUCUUGAAUUGUGACUUCUUGUUAAGUUUCAUCGCAUAAUAUUCUUUUACAGUUCUGGUUGA